AUGUACCCCCUCUACUACGAGAAGAAGAUCGUGAAAAAGCUCAUACAGCACGACUCCCUGAUUCUGCUGGCGGAUGGGUUCAACGAGCUGAACAUCCUAGCCAUAUUCAUCUUUUACUACCAGAACAAGUGCCUGUGGUAUGAGAAGUGCGCGGAGGAGCAAAACGUCUUCUUCGAGUUGUUCGGGCUGAACAUUCGCAAGCGGGUGGACGGCGAGGAGGAUGACGAGCAGGCGGGGCGAGACAGCCCUGCCGGGGGCGAUAAUCAUAGGGGAAGGGACACCUGCAGGGGAGGUGGCAAUGGCAGAGAAGCUGACAAUGGCGGAGAAGCUGACAAUGGCAGAGAAGCUGACAAUGGCGGAGAAGCUGACAAUGGCGGAGAAGCUAACAAUGGCGGAGAAGCUGACAAUGGCGGAGAAGCUGACAAUGGCGGAGAAGCUGACAAUGGCGGAGAAGCUGACACGUGUGGAGAAGGCGACCCCCCGGAGCGGGCACCCUCCAACCGCGCCAAACAGCUGACAAGUGCGCAGGACGAGGCGGACAGCUCGCUCGGGAGAAACAAAAUUAACAGCCUGCUGGACUCCUUCAGGUAUGACGCGCCGGGGGGGGCCACCGCGAGGGAAGGGGCAGGCGUAGCGGAAGUGGCAGGUAUGGCAAACGUGGUCAGCUUAGCCGACGGGCCAAGUGACCGCGCGGCACAAACCGAGGCCCCCCCCCCGGGGAACCAAAACAAACUGAUAUUCAUCCUGAACGUGUCCCCGAAGGAAUACAACCUCUUUCUGAAGUACCAACUUGGGCUGUACGGCGAAAUGAGCAAGCUGGACCGCCAGUUUAACGACGGCGUGAAGAUAAAUUACCUCAAAACAGAGUACAUAAGGAACCAAAAAUCGAACGAAAGGAUUGAACUAUACAUAAAAAGGGGAGUCUACUUCAUCUCAUCGAACGUGCUCCUAAUCGACAUGUUAACUUUUAAAAUUAUCCCAGAAAUAAUCGAUGGCAUCUUCCUCUGUAAAAAUCAUAAACUCAUUUACAACAUGAAGGAGGUAUUCAUCACGGAGCUCUACAGAAAGAGAAACAAAUUUGGCUUCAUAAAAGGGAUCAGCAACAACAGAAGGUUGGUAAAUAGCCAGCACAUCAUAAAUUUAAGUCAAAAGCUGAGCAUCAAAAAGGUCUACUGCUAUCCGAGGUUUCAUAAAAAUGUACAUCUCUCUCUUAACAACAACUUUUUACAGCCAACCAUUUACGAAAUAAAUAUGCAGCUCCCAUCAGACGUCAACACAAUGGAGGAGAACCUCCUCAAUUUAAUACAUUACCUAAAUUUAGAAAUUAAAAAAUAUAAUAAUUUUACAGAUUUUGAUAUAAACGCCCUCAUAUAUUCUGACAGCGCAGAGAAUUACACGAUGAACUACAUUAAGAGUAAAAACUUAACCUAUAACACAAAAAAGUUAUUAAAAGAAAUUAUUAUCCUCGCGCAUGUACUUAACAACCUGUACGUCUACGACCAAGUCGUUUUUGACAACUACCUUAAUAACAUCAAGGAGGCAGACAAAGAAUCCAUAUGGCUCUACUGUAACGAGGCCAAUGAUGUCUUCUUCUUAUCUAGGGAGAGGAAACUCAACUUUCUAAAAGGUAUUAAUAUGAAUCUAGAGGUGGACAUCACCAAACAGGAAAACGUCCCUCUUCUCCUCCACAAACUCCAGUACGAAGGGAAAUAUUUUCACAAGUCCUAUGAAGUCAAACGGACGCAGAGUGAAUUCUACAGCUGGAUCUACGAACUCGUUUACCGCAGAGAUAUACCCCUCAAGGAGUUUAAAAAGAUGAGCCAAAAGGGGGGGCGUAGCAGCGCCACUGUGGGGAGUUGCCUGCCUUCCGACCGCAAAAGGGGGCCGCACCGCUCCACGGGGGGAGACCUCCCCGAUGCGGCCCUCUCCCUGAAGAGACCCAAAGGGGGAACCACCCACGAGUACCCCAAGGGGACCACCUCUAACGUAGCGGCUUCUCAAAAAGGACAAAGCGAAAUGGAGCUAGAUAAAGGGCCCCCCCAAAGGGGGAGCGGCGCCCACGUUAAAGUGAAAAUUGAGCAGCGCACCCCGGAGAAGCACGACCCGGGCGCUCACAGUGAAGAGACGCGCGAUGCGAGUGGAAAAGUGGGCGACCCUGGUGAGGAGGCCCCAACGGAUGCGUCGAAGGGUGCUUCGAAGGACGCUUCGGAAGGGGCACCGCAAAAAACUGCAGGCGCUGCCCAACCGGAGCGAACCAUAAAGCGAGAAAAGAGGAGGUCCGACCCGGCGGAGGAAAGUCCCAAAAUAGAUGACCAAUCUGACAGCAACCCCCGUAACGAUGAAGAGAGGAACGCUGCUGAGAGGGCAGACAAAGUAGACUACCCCAUCGCAAUCGUCGUGGACAACUUCUACACCCAAAAGGAAAUUUACAACCUCCUGCUUCACAAAAAUGACAACUGCGCAGAUAUGAAUCUUUUCCGCCAGUCGGAAGAACAAACGCGCGAGUUUUACAUUUCGGACAACUCGGGGAACUCCUCUUCCAGCAGCUCGGAGGACUUGUUUCAAAAAAGCAAAAAAAAUGCGAUGCAUGCACAUAAGGCCGAUUACUACCUCCCCUACAAGCUGUUUAAGAAUAAAACGACUUCCCUAAGGUUUAUAAAACCGCACGUUUACAUACUGUGCAUAAAUAGGAACUACGACUCGGUGUACACGUCGGACAGCUUCAUCGAAGACUGUUCUGCGAAAAUUGACCAAAUUAAUGAGAGCACGAGGAAGGGGGGCAGUCCACCUAUGCAGGAAGGAGAAUCCCCCCACAAAGGUAGAGACAUCCAAAAGGCUGCCUCAUCAGAGGAAGACCCAACUCGGUUGAAGAAAAACAACGCUCCUUCCAAACGCAGCCACGAGGAUCUCUUCCAAAUAAAUGAGUACUGUGGAAACCUGGACUUUUUGGAGCUCUUCUUGAUGAAGGUCAAACCAUGCAGAAUCAUUCUAACCAAGCUAGAUUUGAGCAUUUUUCGUAAUGUAGAAAUUUACUGUGCGAGGCUGUUCCAGCAUAAUGUGUAUAAACUGCGUGGGGAGAGCUGCUUCCCCGAGGUGAUGAAGUACGAGGAGAACAGCUGGAUGUAUGACAACGUGGGCGAGGCCAAGUCCUUUUUGAAGAGGGAGCAGGGGGGCAGCCCCCAGGGCGCGACGCGCUGCUCGCGCCAGGCCGCAGGGAAAGGAGCCAACAAUGGCGUAAAGAAGGAUGCCUGCAAAGGCUUCUACCAUGGCGAAGCGCCGCCCCACCCCGCGGACCGCGGCGCGCGAACCUUCAGGACGCUGGAGACCCUGAGCGACCUGUGCAACACCGUGGAGGUCUUCCUCGUCUUCUACAAAAACAACAUCCUCUACAACAAGUACCUCAACGACGUGAAGGUGGAAAAGACAAACUGGCUCAACUUCAUCGAAAAUAAAAACAACCUCAGAUUUCAAGUAGACAGAAAUGUGUUUAACAAAAAUAAGGACCUCUUUAAAAAGGUGGUCAACUCGUAUUUUUUAUUUCAAAAAAGAUUUAAACAAAACAGAAAGAACCUCUUCAACUUUAACAAAGGCCUGUGUGAGGAAUUUAAAAAUUUCCAAGAAGUAAAGCUAGACGAACAACAAGUGGAAAAUAAAAACGCCUUCCUAAAUGCCCUAAACACAAACUACAUUAGCAUGGAGGAGGAGGAGCUUUUUAUGCAAAACUAUAGAAAUAAAAAUAGUAAAAAAAACGACAUGGCACUCUCCCACCUGGACGAAAAAACGAUUGCAAAGAUUCAACAGGUGUUGGAAAAAUUCUCUAUUGAUUCUUUCAAUUUAAAUUUUAUCCUUUACAGCAUUUUUAAUAACACCAAGCCGAUCGUCAUAGUUGACAUUAGGGAGCUUAAAUCUGACCUCUCCUACAAACUGUACACGAGCAAAAUGCACAUCAUCCCGUAUUCCCUCCUCGUGGGGGAUUACAUCCUCACCAAGGAUAUCUGCGUGGAGAGGAAAACCAUCGUGGACCUCAUUCAGUCCCUAAACAAUAACAGGCUGCACAACCAGAUUAACCAAAUGUCCAAAUACUACUCCAUAUACGUGUUGCUAAUCGAAUUCAAUACCAAGCACCUCUUCUACUUCUCCUCCCUUAGCGACAAAAAUUCCGUCUACACGAAACUGAUCAUCCUCUGCCUCCAGUUUAGUAGACUUAAGAUUCUGUGGAGUCCCUUUUCUCUCUUCACCGUUAAGCUUUUCUGGUCGCUUAAAAUUAACGCCGAGCAGCCCGACAUCUUCAAGUCGCUCCACAUUGAUAUGACUCUGGAGAGGGACGCCCACCAGCGGAUUGGCGGCCACGCCCGGCGGGGCAAGGCGCAGCAGCAAACCUCAACGCAGUUGCUACCAGCAACGCAGCCACCGCCCACAGCGCAGCCACCGCCCACAGUGCAGCCGCUAUCCAUAACGAAUGCCCCCGAUGGGGAGGCGAGCGAACCACCCCUAAACACCCACACCCAAGCGGAACAACCCAGCCAAAGCACCCUCGAGCGGGUAGACAGCUCCGCGGACAAAAAUUCGGACAAUGAAAACGAAAAUGAAAACCAAUCAGAUGCCUACAAGUACGAAACAAUAAACGACCUUUUCGACAAAAAUUUAACCCUCCAGCUGAAAGACGAAGGGAGCAGUUACGCCCUAAAAAGAAUGGACAGCGUCACCAACUGGAACGCCCUGGAAAUAUUGAAAGCCCUCCCAGGCGUCACGGAAAAGAACAUGCACCUGAUCAUCAACAACGUUAACUCAUUGCGAGACUUAUGUGAAAAAACGGUCGAGCAGUUGGAAGUCUACAUGAGCAAGAGCAACGCGAAGAUGCUCCACGAGUUUUUGAACACGGACGCGGUGUGA